CUCAAAUCUUUUGGCGUCUAUUCCCAGUUUCUCUCUCUCUCUCUCUGUCCGUUUCACCAUCCGCCGCUCGAAUAGAAUCCACAGAAAGUCCGUUUGUGCUCCGGAAAGUGAUGGCGUCACUUAUGUAAAAGGUCUUAAAUGUGGGCGGCCACAUAUUCAAUGGAGAGAGAGGAGAGAGAUAGUCGGAGAGUACUAGGAGCUUGGUGGUAGCUUUUCUUCGUUCUAAAAACUUCUUCUUCAUCUUCUUCGAUUGAACAAGCAAAAGUGUUAAGGAGCUGAUUAAAAAAAAAAGGGUCAGCAAUGCCGUUGACGAGGUACCAAGCUAGGAACGAGUACGGAUUAGCAGAUCCGGAUCUGUAUCAAGCCGCCGAUAAGGAUGACCCCGAAGCUCUGCUCGAAGGUGUCGCCAUGGCUGGCCUCGUCGGCAUCUUGCGUCAGCUCGGUGAUCUCGCCGAGUUUGCUGCUGAGAUGUUCCAUGACCUGCACGAAGAAGUAAUGGCAACUGCGUCUAGAAGCCACGGUCUUAUGGCUCGUGUUCAACAGCUCGAAGCUGAGUUCCCUUUCGUGGAGAAGGCAUUACUGUGCCAGACCGAUCAUUCACCGUUUUUCUCUAAUAAAGGUGUGGAAUGGCAUUCGAAUUUGCAACUGGAACAGAGUGUGGUUACGCGUGGUGACUUACCGCGUUGUGUAAUGGAUUCUUACGAGGAAUGUCGGGGUCCCCCGAGGCUGUUUCUUCUGGACAAAUUUGAUAUUUCGGGAGCUGGGGCAUGCUUGAAACGCUACACCGAUCCGUCAUUUGUUAGGCACGAAACAUCUUCAUAUGAAGCAUCAUGGGAUGAUAUUCAGAGAGAGAAGAAAUCACAGAAAGCAAAGAGGAGAGCAUCUCACUGGAGGAAUGGAGGAACACCUGAAAAUGCACUAACAUCACAUGCCAAAUUGCAUGAAUUAUUUUUGGAGGAGCAUUUAGAGGCUCGUCAUCAGUCAGAUCCAGCACGAGUUGUGAAGCUGAAAACUAGAAAGCUGGAUGGAUAUUCCCUUAUUUCGAAAUCAGGGGAAAGCUACAUGGGGAGAUUUGUGCAGACUUCUGUGGAUACUAAAACAGGUUAUGAAUUGUCGACAUGGAAUAUGGAUAGUGCUAGAGACGUAGCAACCGAUGUACCUAAAAUCAUCAGUAUGGUGGAUGCUCCGGAAAAGUCCCACGGAGGAAGCAGAGCAGAGGUUUCAUUACCAAACGAGCAAGAAAAUGUGGGCUUUAUCGAAAAAGACAUAGAGACUGUGCCUGAAUCUACACCCAAUGAGUUCCAUGGUACAACUAUUACAAAGGAUGCACAGACUGAUUUGAAUGGCAAGCCAGGAUUCCUUCAACAGAGGAGUUAUUCUGAAGAUUUGACCAGUGAGGCUGAAAAUUACGUGGAUGCACCAGCCACCAUGGAGUCUGAAACAGAAACAGAAGACGAGUGUGGUAGGCCUAAGGAUAUGUCAGGUGCUUCGAAGGAUGCGGAUCAUCACACAUAUUCUGAUGCGGAUGAAGAGAAGAUGGAGGACCCACCUCAGUUUUCGUUUUUACAUUCAGUUGGAAACACGCCAGUGUCAGAAAAUGGGCAAAACUCGUUUGGGAAACGGAGCUCUACUUUUUCUUACUCGGAUACUGCAAGCGUAUCCAUUGAUGAUCAAUCUGAUGGAGAGAAAAUUUCUGGACGUUUACCUUCUACUUCUAGUAUUAAGAGUGAGCUGAUGGAUUCCACGUCUCAUGCGACUCCUGAAGCGAACAAAGUGUCUCGUGAUUUUAAUGUUGAGGAAUCAGUUAGUAACAGCAAUGCAGAUGGCCGAACAUCAUUUAGUUCGGGUGAUACAUGUUCAAAUCCAAGGCCAGUCUCUCAGGAUGCUGAAUCAUGUUCACUAAAUGGUCAAUUUUUAGCACCAGAAGUCAUUGAAACUUCUCCAGAACUUGUUAGACUUGAUGGCAGUGAUGGAAGCGAGGUGGAUCCAAUCGAUUCUUCAAAAUCUGGUGCGUCUUUUGAUGUGAAAAACUCUAACUUCAUUUCUGAAACCUCGUCAAUUAGUUCAAUUUCUGAAGGAAGCAGACACGAUACUACCAUUGACAAGAACUGUAUGGUUGAUACUCAAACAAGCAAGCUGUUACCCGUCGCUGAUAUUGAUGUUGGGACAAAUUCUACAGUUGCUUGUUCUACAGUCUUAGCAAACUCAGGCAGCGAUAGUAAAAGCUGUGAUGCUAGUAGCCUAACUGGAGAACUGUUACCUUGCUCAGCUGAGAUGGAGAUGGAAGUGUCACCUGGUAUGCCCUCUGAAGUCUGUUGUCCUGGUACAGUAGAUAAAACUCACUUAGAAGAUACUCUUGACGAUGAAACCGAUUGCGCUGCAGUGCCUAAUGCAGUUUCUGGCGUUGAUUCUCAAAAUUCAGUUGCUGACAUUGAUUCUCAGAGUUCAGUUGCUGGUGUUGAUUCUGAAAAUUCAGGUGCUAACGUUGAUUCUGAAAAUUCAGUUGUUGAUGUUGAUACUCAAAGUUCUGUUGCUGAGAUCUACAAUGAACAUCCAUGUGCCGUUGGCACCAUUGCUGAUGUAUCUGUUUCAGAGUCCCAUGUAGACACAUUGGAGAAUGGAGUGUCCAUACCUGCUGAAGUUGAUAGUAAGCUGACUUCUGAUUCUAACUCGGGAGGAGAAAAUUUGGUGGGAGAUGCUUCACCUACUUAUAACAAGUGCGAUGAAGAGAUCUCUGAUAUACAUGCUGAAUUUCAUCCCAGUGAUAUGCAUGAUGAAGGCUUUCAUGACCUUCCAGGGCUGGACAACGCAGCCACAGACAUUGUCCCGAAUGUAGAGCUUGCUCAGUCUGAUAAUCACGCUGACAGUUCCUGUAAUGAUGUUGACGAUGCUGUUAGUCUGCCAUCUACCAGUUCUCUGCCUUGGAUUUCGAGGAAUACUACGCAACCGUCUUCUGAAGCUGAAGAGAUUUGCUAUGAUACAGUUGUGGAGUCUGACGGGACACUACCAGCAGAAAGUAACCCAGAGUCUGAGAAAAAAAUGCAGGAAAGCCCACUGGAACUGUCUUCAGAAGGUCUGGGUACUUCCCUAGACAAUAAUGACCUAGCAAGUUGUGAAUCUUCAAGUCCCAUGACAUCUCUAGAUCAAAGUGACAGAGAGACGGAGACCAAAUCUCCUUGUAAGAGCAUUCCUGAUGAUAGCUGCAUUGAUUCUCUACGAGUGAAUAAUCUGAACCCGUUAGAGAGUGUGACUAUCGAGGAGUUAGCUAAAGUGCAAACACCUUGUGCUAGUCCUGCAUUUGCAGAUGAGGAAUUGAAGCAGUCAAGUGUUUUCAGGGGGUUCGAGUUUGUACCACAAUCAGAAGGCAUAGAAUCGAACAGCCCUAAGCAGGAAUUGAAUCUGGAUCCUACUUUUCCCAGCUUUGGUUUGAUCCCUGAGAUUACUACACCCAAUCAAGAGGACAUGCCACCUCUCCCACCCCUUCCUCCUAUGCAAUGGCGUAUUGGGAAGGCUCCACAUUCUUUUGCUCCGACCUUCAUGGGAGAAUCAGGCGAAACCAGUAGUUCUGCUCUGUCGUCGGCACCACCCUUUGGUUCUAGCUUGAAUACUCAAAUUGGGUCUAAACCAUCAGAGCUGUCUAUAUCCCUAGAAAGUGACAAAUCAGAACAAGUUCCUGAAGAUAUUGUGAACAAUGCAUCAGAAAAGCCGUUGCAAUCGUCCAUUCAGUUCCCAACCUUUGGCACUGAUUUGAAUAGUCAAUUCGAAAACUUUGGCUCCCAGAGAACUCAGUCAGUGGACCUUCCUGCUGAGCUCCCUGCAAUGCCUAAUCACGGGCGUAUAGAGGAAUUUGGUUCUGAAGAGAACAACCUUUUGGCUGACCAUGCAGCUCAGAACCACGAGCUCGUUUACGCACAAGAGUCGCCAUUGCAGCUGCCUCAGGAUCCAUCAGCUAAACAUGAAGAUCUCAAUAACGACACAGAUGUACAUGUUUCACAAAGCUCAGAAGGUGAUUACAAUUGUCCUGAAACCAAAGCUUUGACGCCAACUCAGCCAACAAAGGUAGAAGAUAAUGGUCUGUCAGUUCCUGAUGCUUCAAAUGCGGAAACAGCAGAACCAUCAAACUCGUCGGUUCAGAGGAUAGUUCCUGCUUCAGUGGGAGAUGCUAUGUGGCCCGUCAGUGCAUUCACUGUUGCACCUACUUUGGACACAGUUAAGCCAGAGGAGGUUCCUGUGGUUAGGCUUCCUCGGCCAAGAAGUCCGCUUGUCGAUGCUGUUGCAGCUCAUGACAGACGCACGAUGAAGAAAGUCUCUGAGAGGGUCCAACCACCAAUCAAAUCAAAGCAAGAUGACAAAGAUUCAUUGCUUGCACAAAUACGAAACAAGUCCGUCAGUCUGAAGCCUGCAGUAGCGACAAGACCCAGCAUUCAAACUGGUCCUAAAACGAACUUAAGGGUAGCUGCAAUCUUAGAGAAAGCAAACACAAUACGCCAGGCAAUGGCUGGAAGCGAUGAGGACGAAGAUUCAGAUAGUUGGAGUGAUUCUUGAAUCAUGACCCUUGGCUUUACACAGUUUAUCUUUUCAGUUGCGUUGGUUCUUGUUUCAUGAUGAGUGCGUAAGCGCUUGGGUCAGGUAGGUUAUACAAUUUCUACUUCAGACAUAACAUCAAAUACACACUGUCAUCGCUUAUAUAUAUGUAUGUAUGUAUGUAUAUUGUAUACUACUUUAUAUUUAUAGGUGUGUGCAUGUUGUAAGUAAAUUCCGGAAUUUGUAUUAGUUUUACGGAAGUUGUGUGGGUUUUUUUGUUGUUGUUAUUAUUCUUUUUCUCAUAGAACAACAUUCUUUAAGUGCGCUAUGUAACAUGUUGUUCUCAAUCAUAUGCGUAUGUUCCUCGUUCUUUUGCGAAUGUUUCAAA